AUGCGGACUUGGACACAAACGAAGAAUUUGAACGUAAUCAUUGAUAUUUGCCCGUGGUCGAACCGAGCAGUGGAGCGCUUCGCCCGUGAGCACGGCUGCCCUACCAACGAAGGAUUUUUCAUCGACGUUGCAGUCCGCCUGACCAAGGCGUCAUCUGCGGGCGAACACGUUUCGAAGAUGAGAAUUUCCGACAACAUAGAGCGAGGAUCUGCAGCUCUCGCCAUUAUGGACCGAGUUUAUGGGGCGGCUGCCCUUGGUUGCCAUAAUCAGAGCAAAAUGAGGCCGAUAGACCCGGUAGAACAGGAAAGUAUAGUUACAGUUCAGGACCAUGACAUCCUUUCGAGUCAGCAGCACGAUGCUAUUGGCUUGGGGAUUGGCGAUAUCCCAAUCGCUGCUAUUCAGGCGGGCUUUAGGAUCGGCAAGACAGUUGUCGGAGCCAUCAUUGCUGCACGAUGGACCGCAGGUGGAGUCCUUGUUCUGGCCACGGCCAGUACCAACGCGGCGGUUUCCCAGUUUACAGCGACGAUCUACGUAUCUAACACGGCGGCUCAAGAGAACUUCAUGCCUACGUCGGUGGACAUGAACAAGAUACUAGUCUCAUUAGGGGAGACGUACGCCGACGCUCUCUCGGACUUGGAAAAGAGCGUCUGCAACUGA